AUGUCUGACUUCACACAACUUGUUGCCGAAUGCAACGUGCCAGCAGCUGUCUCUUCUUUGCUUUCAGCGUUCGACGUUGCUUUGUUUGCCCGGUCCUGUACCACUUCGGCAGAGCUUGAAGAGUUGGUGAACCACUUUCUGGCAGAAGCCUCAGUCACGGACGCUGCUGAGCGCUUUAUCACCAAAGCUUCGCUUCGCUUACUCUUUUGCAAGUGCCGGACGUCAGAGGGCAUGGCGGCCUCCGGCUGCUACCCCGGCUCCCCCGGCUACACCACCGCUUUCCAGGAGGCUUGGCCUGCGAAGCUGAGUGGGGAGCGAACGGCGGCGCUUAGGAAAAGGUUCGAGGAGGACUACCCCACUGAACUUCUUGAUGCCGAGAGCUUUCCAAGCGCCCGCUUAUUGGCCCUCACCAAUAAGAUGCUUUCUGACAGGAAGAAACAGGCCCGCUUUGACCUCACAGAGCUUUUUCUGGAUGAGGCGCCUACACGUGACAUACAUGAAGGCCCCGCUUCCUUUGGCCUUGUCACUCAGCUUCUGUCACUGGCUGCCAACGCCAUUGAGCUUUGCCAAGGUGCACACCUGGGCUCUCUGAAGCUUUAUAAUAAACGCUUCAUGAGGAUCUGCUUCACCAAGUACGAGGCCGCCGCCAGCCUACGAGGUCCCACUACCAUGGAAGCUCAGGCCGCUGACCGCCGCUGUUGGGAAAUCAUCGCCGACUUAGUCAACGUGCACCACUGGAAGUUGGACGAUGCGCUUCACGAAGUGGCCGAGGUGCGCUCCGACAUGCACAGCCUGCUUGCACCGAGGCCCUUUAUCCCCAAACCGAAGUUCGACCUGGACAACAGUUGGAAGGCCCGCUUCACAGGCAACGGUCGAGGUGGCAAGGGCGGUGGCCGCGGCGGCAAAGGCCGUGAUGGCAAAGGCGAGAAGGGGGACCGCUUUGAGAGAGGGGGCAAAGGUGGCAAAGGCAAAGACAACAAGCAAGCCACCCCCCCCGGCAAAUGGCUCUCCACCCUCUUCAUGGAUGGCAAACGUCAGACACUCUGCAUGAGGUACCAGAGUGGGCAGUGCAAGGACCCGGCCACAUGCCGCUACCUGCACAGAUGCGCAGUGCCCAAGAGUGACGGCUCCGCAGGGGCCACUUCGGCACUGCCCAAGGCACGUGCCCCGGUCUCCGAUGCAGCAUCUGCACUCAGUGAAGGCUCUCUCGACUUCGCUACUUGCUUGGAGCUUCUAGCGCAGUACUUUUCCAUUCCCUUCGCUUCUUCUUCUCACUGCCCUGACAAUGCCAUUGCAGCCUCUGAAGCAUAUUUCAAUUUGGGGGCUUUCGCUUUUGACAAUGGUGCAAGGUCGGGCAUCUUUCAGCGCACAGAGCAAUUUUCAGACGUUCUUCGAUUCUUGAACGCUUUUAUGCAGCUUCAGUUUCCCGAAGCCUCCUGGAGCUCCCUCUGCGUCAGCCACAAUGUUCGCACCCGCUUACACACAGAUUCUGGCAACGCUGCAGGGACACUGAAUCACACAGUUUCACUUGGCAACUUCAGCGGCGGCGAGGUCUGGCUUUGCCCCGCUUUGAACCAGGCGGCCCCUCAAGUACCGGCCCCCUUGGAUGCCUCAUCCGAGGCGCACAGUGCUGUUGAAGCUGGUACAGGUGAGGUGCGGGACACUUGGCACGCGCCGCUCUCCUUCAGCUGUGAUUCGCUUCACUGUACGCUGCCGAUACAAGGAGACCGGUGGGUAUUGACUGCCUAUACGUCCCUGGGCUUCCCGCUCCCGCCGGCAACCCCAGGUAGCCCGCAGUCAAUACCGCCCCCGCUCAAGGGCACGACAUGUGUGGAGCUUUUCCUGGACAUAUGCUGUGGGGCCGCUCACCCACUUACCACGGCGGUGUCUUCAUGUGGAAUCACUUGUCUGCCCAUAGAUUUACUUGGCGAGGAGCAACUCGACCUGCUCAACGACGACACCUACGACCACUUGCUUCGGCUGUGUUUUGCUGGGAUUGUCCGCUUGGCUCACGGAUCGCCGCCUUGCAAGGAGUAUUCCCGCUUGCAGCUUCGUCCAGGUGGACCUCCGGCCAUUCGAUCCCCGGAUCAUCUGAACGGCCUACCAGGGAACACCGCUUCGCAGCAAGCUAGGGUAAACAGUAGCCAGAAGCUUCUAUAUCGUUGUGUAUGCCUUCUCAGAGCAGCUUUCUGUUCAGGCGCACAUGUGUCCCUGGAACAGCCCACCAACGCUAUGUCCUGGCUUGAGCCUUUCGUUCAGGACAUGCUUUCCGAAAUACAGGCCUCACUGGUCAACAUCCCGGCAUGUUCAGUGGGCCAGGACAUAGCCAAAUCGUGGCUUUUCGCUUGCAGUUACAGUGAAUUCCGCUUUCUGGCAGGCACAUGUUCGCAUGAAGGAGGCCACCAGUCCGUCGCAGGCGCCAGGGACGAACAUGGUAACUUUUUGUCCCAAAGGACGGCGGAGUACCCGUCCCAGCUUGCCGAGAACUUCUCAGCGAAGGCAGUGCACUUAUUUUCCUCAGCAAGACCUGCUUACUCGGUUGCGCCCUGCUCCUUGAAGUUCGCACUGGCCUCAAUUCCCAAAAAGCCGCGUUCAUCAACGCCUACAGCCGCACAGGACGGCGGGGGCAUCUACUCUUUGCCCGACUGGUCCCUUGGCCCAAGGUACCAAUCCGACAGCUUACACGACCUGCGGAAGGAAUGGCAAUCUUGGCUGCUUCAGAACAGAAUUCCUCUCCGGCUCCAGCGACAUAUCGCCGAAGCCAGCAAUAAACCUCUUUUCUCAGAGGAAGAAACGGAGUGGCUUCGCUCUUCUUUCAAGCGCUUUUCGGAUGCUCACUCCCCGUGCCAGGACUGGAACUUCUCGGUGAAAGAAGGCCAGCCCUACUGCUUGUCUGCACUGGAGCGCUUGAGUACCAUGCUGGGUGACAAGGACACUUCCCUUUUCCCCGCUUUACAGAAGGGUGUCCCUACGGGGUUCGACGGCGACAUCCCUCGCAGCCACACACUCCGACCUCGUUGGCAGAUCGACUUCAAGGCUGGCUGUUACACUUUACCGGAGCUCAAACGCUUGAAGCUGCUUGGCCAGGUGGGAGAGUGCCUUCGGCACCGACUUGUCAGCCGCAAACAGCUUGACAAACUCCUAGGUCUGCUUCAGUGGAUUCUGCAUGGUCUUCCUGCUUUACGCCCCUGGCUAUGCACUCUGUAUGAUGAUAUGCAUAGACCACUUGGCACCAAUGUCAGCAUCAGCCCAGUUGUUUGGCCAGGCAUCCACUCUUACCUGGACGACAAGCUCCGCUUCACAGGUUGCCCCCCGGGCACGGGCAUUUCACCUGGCUCAACUCUGCUUUCAGCUCGGCAUAAGCCUCUUAAAAGUAAGGAAGACCUGGCUUUAGUCCCCGUAAGCACAAAGCGCAUGUGGCUCCGAGUCACGGACCCCACUUCCUCCAAGCGGCGCUUAUCUGAGUCCAGCAGAGAAACCCUUGCCUUCUUUGCCCACUUGAGCUCCAGGGACUGGCGGCCCAGGCCACUUCGACCACCACCUACUAGUUCGGUGGAGUCGGCCGCAGACGCUUUCGGCAAGGGCAAUGAUUGUGGCGUGGGAGGAUGGCUCCUCCUCCCCAGUGGACGCCUGCUUUGGUUCGCUCACCGCUACACGGUGAAGGACUUCCUGGACCUAGGUCUGCCCAUGCAAGCAGACGCUAACUUGGACAUCUCCAGCUACGAGACAUUGGCACAAUGCUUUGUGCUUUUGGCCUUUUGGAAAGCCCAUGGUUCCGGUCGCUUGGCUUUGACAUUACCAGCUUUGAGCGAUAACAGUGGUGCAGAGUCAGUGUGUAAUAAGCUUUACACCUCCAAAGUACCACUUAAUCUUUUCGUUCGCAAGCUUUCGAUGUGGAGCUCGAUUACCGGUGUCACUCUGGACUGCAGCCAUAUAGCUGGCGAGAAGAACGACGACGCAGACCUGCUUUCGCGCUGGGACGGCCUCACCGAGCUUCCAGCGAAGUUCCUGCCGUCAAACCGCAUUGAGCUCUCGCUUUCGGAGUUCUGGCUCAUACGCUUUCAAGUGACGCUUUUUCCCGCUGACGCCUUUCUGAAAUGGCAGCUUCCGUCAGCUGACAGCUUGGGCCCAACAAACCGUGGCUCCAAUAAGCGCAAGUAG